CUCACCACGAUAUCGCUUCUCAUGUGAGUCAAGUGACCCUCUGACUGAACGGAUGACUUAUCUACCAAAGCACCCACGGUCUCUCUUUCGCGGCCCCAUAAUCAUAUCCAUCAAGUUCGAGCGACGAUCCCUUAGUCUAUGAAGUUUAUGGUGUGACAUAUUGCCAUGUCUCACAAACACAUCUACAACUCUUCUGAUGGCCUCGUUCUCAAAUCUCUCCGCGGUGCAGUUGCAUUGAACCCUGCGCUUCGUCUACAUGCCUCAACUAAGAUAGUGUAUGUUGCGAACACUCCUCCAUCAACUCGCAUUGCCGUUCUAUCUGGCGGGGGUGCCGGUCACGAGCCUGCGCAUGCUGGUUAUACAGGCCACGGAAUGCUAACAUCCUCCGUCUCCGGUGAUGUCUUCGCGAGUCCGAGUGCAAAACAAAUUUUGGCCGCUAUCGAGUUUGCCGCAUUUACAAACAGCCCCACCCCUCGAGACGUGGUGAUCAUCAUCAACAAUUACACUGGCGAUCGUUUGAACUUCGGUCUAGCUAUGGAGCAUGCUCGUGCGAAACAUCCGGGAUUGAAUGUCGUGAGCGUGCUGAAUGCGGACGACGUUUCGCUUUUGCCCCAGACAAGGCAAGACGGGAAGGACGCGGGGAUGGUUGGUCCGAGAGGUCUCGGGGGAAACAUUUUUGUGUGCAAGGUCCUUGGUGCCUACACCAUGUUCGGUGGCAAAGGAGAAUCUACCUCUCCAAGUGCCCCUAACCCCACGCUUGCACGUGCCAAAUGCCUUGGUGAUGCACUAGUUGCACAUUUACGUAGCAUUGGUGUUGCCCUCGGACAUUGCCAUGUCCCUGGACGCGAACCACAUUCAGCUUCUCAACUGAUUGCCGACAACCACGUUGAACUGGGACUCGGUUUACACAAUGAACCAGGCGUUCGCUGUGCACCGUUGGAAUCCUCUCAUUGGCUCGCCACUGAGAUGUUGCGCCUGGUGAGUAUGUCUGGCGGAGGAUGGAGCGGAGCAGAUAUUUACAAGGGCGAAGGGGCGCCCAAGUUUGACGCUCAUGAGUCGUGGCUCCGCGAAGAUGAUGUGACUGUGUUGUUCAUAAAUAAUCUUGGCGGUGUAUCGCAACUUGAAAUUGGCGCAAUAGUGGAAGAAGUCCGGGACGUUCUUGCGUCGCAGAAGAUUGUUCCGUCUCGUGUCUACUGCGCUCCAUUUAUGACCUCGUUGAAUGCGCCUGGAUUCUCAAUAUCCGUUGUGAACGUAUCCAGGAUUCACGAACUUAUUAAUGGCAACAACGAGGAAGAUGAGAUCGACUUGCUCGCGCUCCUGGACGCUCCAACCGAUGCCCAUUCCUGGCUUGGUGUACGCUCAUGGCCGGCUGUCAGGGCCACCCCUGACGAGAAUGAAGUACAGGCGGAGGCCUUGCUACGAACAUUCACUUCUUCUCCUUCUGGGACUUCUCAGUCUUCAUCUGACGGGGGUUCGACUUGGCAAGGUUUGGGUAUGUUAGAAGAGAACGUGAUCAAGGGUAUCAGAGGGGCGUGUCAAGCUGUGCUGGUCGCUGAGCCAGAUAUGACACGAUUUGACACGAUUGUGGGCGAUGGUGACUGCGGAGAGACGUUCGCUAGUGGUGCUCAAGGUUUGUUUAGGAGUACAUGCUGUUCGCUUGCCUGUGAUCCUAAUCGGAAUGCAGCCAUUCUUGCGGCCCUUGACUCUGGAACCCUCGAUCCAGCGAAGACAGCUCCUGCCCCAUUUGUUGGCAAGGUGGGUGAAAUACUGGAAGGGAGCAUGGGUGGUACUGCUGGUGCUCUUUUCGCAAUCUUCUUCACAGCAUGGUCCAAUGCCUUACGUUCAUUAAACGGCCCAUCGUCACUUAGCGCAGCUCUUAUCGCGUUAGGAGCACACACACCUGCUCGUCCGGGAGAUAGGACUGUCGUUGAUGCCUUAGCACCAUUCUGUGCUGUGCUUUCGUCAGAUGAUGCUUCACUGGAAGAUGCUGUGAUUGCUGUGAAAGAAGGUGCGGAAAGUACCCGGGGAAUGAAGGCACGAUUAGGGCGGGCAUCUUAUGUGGGGGGUGGAGAAGGAGGGGUUGGUGUUCCUCCUGACCCUGGUGCUUGGGGAGUCGCCCACAUCGUGGAUGGGUUUGCAAAGGGUAUAGCUGCGUAAUCCAUCACUGGAAGGAAGACACUCCUUCCUUUUUU